AUGCAGCACCACAGCAAUCAGCAUGACCAGCCCGGAUCUUCCGCGGAUGCUGGUCCAGCUACGGAGCUCUCAAUGACAGACGAUGCGCCGCCACCACCGCCGCCUGCUUUCAGCGCCCUUUCCUCGGCGCCUCCCUCUCCCGUUCUCGAAAGCUCCCCGCCUUCUCAGCCUGGCUCUUCUCACAAACCGUCUUCUCUGAUACCCACCAUCACCACCACAACCACCUCUUCGCACACAAGUCCGACAGUAUCGCACACAGCAUCACAGCACAGCGCUGCACCCACGUCACAGGCCUCAUCUUCCAAGCAUCGCCACGUUGCGACCGUCGCCUUUCCGUCCAUCGCUCCAUCUCCUGCAGACGCUUCGCUACGCACUUCCUCCCGCUCUGCCACUUCAUCAGCCAGGCAAAGUCGCUCGUCUUCUCCCGCACCUGCGCCGCCGCUACGCACGCUCUCUCAAGGACCCUAUUCGACCGCCAAUGUCAAUGCCACUGAUGCGACCAUCUCCACUCUGACCUCUUCGGAGCGACGCCAGAUCACAGACAGUCUGAGAGCUCACAAGCGUUCUAGCUCGCUCGCCACCAUCAAGACCUGGGCCUCGACCUCCAAACCCUCGCAACCUGGCGCUGGUACACCGAGCGGCAACACUUUAUCCUCAGAAGCACGUCCCGCUCCACCUUCGGGCGACAUGCCUGCACCCACCGCGCCACCAUUUCGGCGCGCGCAGACCUACAGAUUCUCCAGGACCCAGUCGGCUGCACCGCCACAUUCACGCUCUCCAGAGCUUCCUUCAGCUGCUCCGCACGAGCCAUCGGCGCAUCACGCGUCUUCCGAAGAGCUUGAGAAAGAGCAGCAGCGCCUCAAGGCCGCUGCCGCAGCCAAGCUGGCGGAGCAAGAAGCGUGGGAAAAGACCCGUGGCGCGGGUAGUGCGGUGCUUGACCUGCUCAAGCUUCCUCCUAGCAGCGACGAUGACGCAGACGACGACCAAUCGGGAAGCUCGGGAGGUCAAGAUCGUCGGAGUCGAGCAACAACACCAGGGUCUGCCUCGGGCUCAGGCACGAGCAGCGUCAGUCCGAUCGCGACCGGAGACGGCAACGGCACCGGGAAUGGCAACGGCAACGGGAAUGGGAAUGCUCAUUCCAGCAGCUCAAGCUCGUCUCAUACAGAUGGCUCAAGCCGCUCUUCCGUCUCCAAACGCAAGUCGACCAUGCUCAAGCGCACAUGGGACGCGGAACGCGUGCUUCCAGCGCUCGAGGACGUCGAGGCGCGUCGGCACGAUCCCAUCGUCGUCUCCUCCGCCGACAAGCUGCUCAGCAGAGGCAUCUCGGAAUAUACCCUUCUGCCCAAGAUCCUCGGUCGCGGCAAGUUCUCCAGCGUCUUCCUUGCUUCCAAGCCUUAUGGUCCUACAGGAGAUCCGCAGCUGUUUGCGAUCAAACAUACCCCUCUCUUUCCGCACCACCCUCUGAUCGCGACCCGCUUGCUCCGUGAGCCCACCCUUCUGGCCGAGCUGCCGCCGCACCCCAACCUCGUCAAUGUCUACGAGACCAUCCGCACACCAGGCCAUUUCUACCUUGUCGAAGAGUAUCUCGAUGGCUACGUCACUCUGGAAGCCCUCCUACCCAUGCGCUCCGAGCAGUCACCACCGCACCAUCCGAUUCUACCCACCGGCGUUGCCAAUUGCGUCCUAGAUCAGCUCCUUUUAGCGGUGCAUGCCAUCCACCACCCGCUGCAGAUCUGUCAUCGUGACAUCAAGCCCGAAAACAUCCUCGUACAUCCCGACACGUUACAGCUCAAACUCCUCGAUUUCGGCCUUGCAACCCACUUCAGUCGCAGCGAAGCUAAGCUGUCAACUUGCUGUGGCAGUCCUGCCUUCCACUGUCCCGAGAUCGUCACAGCCCUUCGCAACCCGCUCGGCACUGUACACUACUGGGGACCCGAGGUCGAUGCCUGGACUUGCGGUAUCACCAUGCUACGACUGCUCACCGGCAUCCGUUAUCCCAUUGGGGCCUCGCACACAAGCGUUCGAUCCAUGAGCAUCCGAGCCCAGCGCGCCGUCGCGACCAUUAAGGAUCCCGAGCUCCGUGAUCGUGUGGGCAAGUUGCUCGAAGUCAACGGCGAACGCAGGAUGCGCAAUUUCCAAGAUCUGGUUAAGGCGCUCGAAGCAUCGGCGGAAGAACCUGUCCAGCGUGGUAUAAAAGAGUUCAAGAGCACCACCUUCAUCCCUGUCGAGCCUCAACACAAGAUGAAUUUGCCGCUCGUCAUCGGCCCGGCUGCCGAAGCUGCUGUCACCUCUCCGCUCCUGCCCAGCGGCGCCACUGCUUCGGCUUCGGCUUCGAAGCGCACCACUCCCAUCAGCUCGGGACCCACUUCACCAACGUUGACCGACGCCGACGCCCCAGAUGCCCACGUCUCCCCUGCGCCCACGCUCCUGCUUAGCAAUCCAACUUGCCAGCCGGCUCAACGCGUCUUAUCGUACGUCAAGUAUUGCCUGCGUUGCGCCGGCAUCCUGUAUCACUGUUGGCCCGACACAAGCUCGACCGCAAGCCUGCCAUCCACACCCGGUCCGUUCGACGCUGCAUUUAGAGACUUCAACAACAGCGCUCGAUCGAGCGACAAUCUGUUGGCGCUGUCAUCGGCACAUACGGAUGGUCACGUCCCUGCCUCUUCAUCGCCAAGCACACCGUUCCCCAUCCAGGCGGCACGUUCCGAGCGCGAUCCGUACUCACACAUUCACGUCUUCGAGUGCGUCCUCGAGAUCGCCGAUCCGCCCCCAAGUGAUGAAGAAGAGCCGCAGAGCUUGGUACAGUCCAUCUUCAGCGCACUCAGCUUCGGUCGUCGUCCCGCGAACCGACGUAGUCUCUCUACGCCUCCGAAACCCUCAACUCUACAGCCGGCAGGAAUGCCCAGACCUCCUGGAACGCCGGCAGACGCACCAGUGUCGGGUUCCGGCAGCGCUUCAGGCAAGGCGGGCGACGUCAAAUGCCUUACCUUCUACCUCGUGCUUCGUUUCCCCCGACGACCCUCUGGCCAGGUCAGUUUCGUUUCGCCGCGUCCAACUUACAGCCGAUCGUCGAGCGUCGCCAGCUACUCGCAUCGAAACCGCUCACGAGCCUCUUCAGCUGUCGGCGCUGAGAGGGAAGCAGGUGGUCUUCAGAGAGACGUCAGUACCGACAGCCUCACACGCCUUUCAAAAUUGCACAGUAACCAGGCCGAAUUCGUCACGGGCAUCCAUCCGCUCCGCAAAGCUAUGAUUGAUUCCAAUCACACGACGCCGCGCGCCAGUCGCACGUCGAGCCCCGUGGUAGCGCACGGCGAGCUUAGAAAGCGUGAUGCCAAGGAACGUCGCCGAAAGGGUGCAGCAGACUCGGCACACUCCGACCUUGGUCUCACAAUCGAAACGUCACCAGAGCUCUUGCGCAUCGCCGAAAAGCAAGCUCAUGCCAAUGACACUCGGUCACCACGGUCAGCUCCCAACUCGAGAUCGACGAGUCGUGCGCGUUCACGCAAAUCGAGCCGCGUGCGUGCUGGUAGCACCUCUCACAAGAGCUGUGGAUCAAACAAGAUCUUCGUACACGUCACCGAUACUCGCGCACUCGAUGCAGUGCGCAACGCGCUCAGCAUCGGCGGCACCACCACCGACUACAAUCCGGACAUGGAGACAGACAAUGAAGAUCCGGCGACGCUGUGGACCAGUCCCGAUCUUCGCACGAGAGACUUGACGCCUGGCCGGGAACACGAAUCGAGCCUCUUUGCCGGAGCCCUCGACUCGAAGCCGCGACGCUCUGCGUCGGGUCGGCACCGAGCCCAAUCUCUUCGUCAUGCUUCCGGUCUGACUGGGCCCUUCGUAGAAGGCCAAGAAGCCGCUUCAAGUGGCGACGCGGGUCAUCGAUCUCGUCCGACAUGGGCCGACGUUCCCGCCGGCGCAAGCGGCAAGCCCAGAAGCACCAUUUCGCACGGCAGCGACGACCAGGAGCAAUACACACGAGGACGAUCUCUCGGUCCCGCUGGCAGUCUGGGCGCAGCUCCUCCUGUGGGCAUUCCUUAUGCUGCGCAUCCUUCACGUAUGCGUGCUUCGUCCAACCUCGCGUUUGCGGUCGUCCAGGAAGAAUCCUCACCCUCCAACACGGACAAGUCGUUGUCCCAAUCUAGAGCUUCGCAGUCCAAGACCAUGCUGGAUCUACGGGACAAGUCGAACGCUGCACAGUCUGCGCCGAGCGCGCCGGACGACGACACAGUUGCUUCGGGCUCUGAUGACUUUGAUCUCGCUCAGGCAGUCGUAUCGCUCACCGCCACGACUGCUGGAAUGCUGAAUGAGGAAGGCCUGCCCAACCAUUCCGACCUGCUAGAGGCCGUGUCUGGCAUCGCAACGUACCUGCUGCGACUGCAGACCGAGGAUGCCGCUCGCUUCUCGCAACAACUCGAUGCAAUCUCCUUCGACCUCUUCAAGGCCAUGUCUCCUGUCACUGGGCUGGUUGACCGGUCGUCCGGACAGCUUGUGAAAGUCGCUUUUCUGGCCAGACAGGUGAUGGACCUGCUCGGCGAGCAUGCAUCUUCGCGUGAGGUCUACAUGGCAGCCGACAUGCGUUGUGGCGAGAUGCUCCAGUCUGAGGCGCACUGCAUCGAGCUGCCCGAGGCGGAGCAGGCUUGGAGCUCGGCGGCCGAGACCAUCUACCUGAUGCGUCUGCUGAACACAGUGCUUCCACGCAUCCGCACCAAGAAGCCACAGAGCUUCUCGCAGGUGUUUGUGCGACUGCCGCAGUGCCUCAUGGCUGGACUGGCUGCCGCAUCGCAGCAAAGUACGCACGUUGGCGAGCAUCUUGCGGAAGAAGCGGUCAAGACGUGCUGCUCGACGGCGCUCAUCCUGGUCGACUGGGAAGCGCGCUGCAUGUCCGGAUCCGAGCGCGAACCGAUGCGAAAGACUUCCCGUGAGGCGCUGAGCAGGUUCCUGCAAGGCGUCACCGUGUGCUUGCCCUACCUGGCGGGUGCCAAGACGACGUUGGCGGAAGAGUACUUUUACACGCAGAAUCCACGGUACGCUCUGACCGGCAAGGACGAGCCUAGCGCAGUCAAGCGCAACGAGUCGUUAUUUGCCGAGAUUUCAAAGACGCUCGCAUCGCUCGAGAUUGAUUUGGGUUCGAUCUGGUCGAAUGCUCUGAUGGGAAUGUCGCGCGAUCCGGAGGAUGAUGCUACGAGGGAGACGCUGACCGCGUUGGGGAUUGCGGGGUUUGUGCUGCACGUUCAUCUGCUCUACUCGGGGUUUGCAAGGGAUCGUCCUGUCGAAUGGAAAGGUGUACGUGCGCAGACGCAGCUGGAGGCGGCGCUUCCCGUAGCUCUGCUGGCAGCGAGCGGUCAGACGAAAGCGGCGGCAUCGCCGGAUCUGCAGGAGGGCAAGGAGGACGCACUGGCCGAUGCGAGCUUGCUGUGGAUGCAGUGGUGUCUGCGCGGGCUGCAUCAGGAUGCAUCUGCGGACCAACGCGUGUUGCCGACCGACUUGGCGGUGAGUCUGGCGCAGACGUUGGCGACGCAAAGCGUUGUUUCGCCCAGCUCGGUGGCGCGGUUGGCACGGUUCAAGCUGUUGACGGAUCUGCUGGUGCACUGGUGCGAAAGAGGUGCUGCGCUGCAGGUGGUGGAGCAGCUGAUCACGAGUUCGCCUUUUGCGCAGCUGCGCGCGGGCGGCGUGUCGGUUCUGCGGGAAGCACUUGUGGCGUGGCUCAGGUCAGAGGCAGACGAGCAUCAAGUGCCAGUGGAUGCACUGAUAGGAUUGCUCGACAAGAUCACGGUGCUUCCUGACAGCUUGGAAGCAGAGGCAAGCGUUGAAAGGGUGGCGCAGGAGGGUGGACUGCUCGUCGAACUUCUCUCGCUUCUCUACUGGUUGCGGGUGCAGAAUCAACGCUCGUCGAUCGUUCAGAAGGUGCACUCUCAGCUGGGGAGCACCUUGAGCGAAAGGUUCGUCGCUCCCCUAGCAAGGAUACUGGGUAACAUCGGUGAUGGUGAUGCGGACGCGGAUGAGGAAGCUUUGCAGCAGGUGCAAUUGGUCAAGACGGCUUUGGAGCGGUUGGAGGAGAGCAAGAUAUGA